CGCACAGCCAAUCAGAUGAAUGGACUGGUGAGGGCGGACCAAUCGCUGAGGCUGUUACUUCAGGGCUACAGAAGAGAGGUGGGGGGGGAAAGAAACAGGAACCGGGCCAGACAUGAACUCUCUGGAGCAGGCAGAAGGCAGUAACGUACAUGUUCUCGGUCUAGAUCUAAAGGCUUUCGAGCGAAGGCUUACAGAAUAUGUUUCUUGUUUACAACCUGCAACUGGACGCUGGAGAAUGAUUCUCAUUGUAGUAUCUGUUUGUACUGCAACGGGAGCAUGGAACUGGCUCAUAGAUCCAGAGACACAAAAGGUUUCUUUCUUCACAUCAUUAUGGAAUCAUCCGUUCUUUACAAUAAGCUGCAUUACACUAAUAGGACUUUUCUUUGCUGGUAUUCAUAAGAGAGUAGUGGCCCCGUCAAUAAUAGCAGCCAGAUGUCGAACAGUACUAGCAGAAUACAACAUGUCCUGUGAUGAUACGGGCAAAUUAAUUCUAAAACCAAGACCGCAUGUUCAGUGACAUCAUCUUCUGUGACCUCCUAAAGUUUUCUUUUAAACUCUUCUGACAAGAUGUUCUCUCUUUUGGAGAUGUUGAAAUAUCCAUGGAACGCCAAGUCAAAAUUAUUUGAACUUUAUUGAUCCAAGAGGAGAUACACUGGUUGUACAGUUUGGAUGACUUUUUCCUGUACACUCAGUCCCAAAAACUCAAAGUGCAAUGUAUUUUUACAUCCUUUCUUAGGUCUGUGUAUCAAGAAGGAUGGUUUCUACACCCGGUAUCGCAAGGUGCAAUUCUUUAUAGUCUUGUCGCCAUUUGCAGUACAGUACUUUAUUCAAUUCUAUUGUUGUGGUUUUUUUUUUUUGUUUUUUUUUAAUGUUUGUAUGUUGAUGUAAAUGUUGAAGCACAAGUAAUUUCUUUUUAAACUUUAUUUUGAGGGCUAGCCCAUAUUGACCUGUAUAUAAGAAUGUUCUCAAUUUCAAUCCAACAUUGUGAAAUCUACACGUUGCAAUGGUUACAAAUUCCUAGGUAUUCCUACUAUACCUCUGGUAUUUUGGAUCAUAGCCUCAGGUCCAUAAUACAAAUUACUUAAGUGUUCUUCUUUUAUUGACCUUCACUGCCUUUUGCCACGCAGGACAUCAGAUCUACAUGUUUGAGUUUCCAUUAACAUGGAUUUCUUAAUAGGCUGCAGUUGUGUCCUUUGCCUUGUCCACAUUGCGGACAUUCUGCUGGCAGAAUUCUGCUUUCAGCAGAGUCCCAUUGUUUUUAGUGGGAUCCCAGUCUCUGUUCAGACUGUGGAAUCGCCACAGUGGAAUUCAGUCAGCUGAAAGUACAUGUGCACAAAGAGUGAACUCUUUGAGCAGAAUUCCACCAAGACUACAUUGCUGUCUAUGGAGACGGCAAUGUCCACGUGGUCACACCGCCAAUGCAUGGGUCAGCGCCCGCUGUAAAAGGACAUUUGGCCAGUGGAAUUCCAAUGGCUGAAUGUCUGUAGUGUGGACGAGGCCUAAAAGGCGUAUUGUGGUUUCAUUGUUUCAUUUCAUUGGACCUGGAAAGAUUUGUAUCCAAGUAAGAAAAAUGGUUUCUCAUAGAUGAAAAUGAGGAGGUAUAACAGUAAGUAUUUUAGAAAAUGAUAUAGUUAUUCAUUAUGCAAAAUAUUACUUUUUAUUUUCUCUAUCUGGAAUAAGCCUUUUAAGUGUGUCUUCCAACUGUUUGCACCAAUUAAGAUCAUGGAUUCCUAAAGGUUGGAGCAGAACACAUACCCAUCAUUUUAUAUUUCAUGGCUUUCCAAAAUCCCUUUCUGAAAUGUUUUGUGCAUUCAAUAAAAUAUCAUUUUGUUUCAUACUGAAAUAAUAUGCUGUCAUGUCAUAAAUGCUUGUUGACUGGUCCUCCAAGACUGAAACUAUUAAACAAAUCUUGUAA